AUGUACUCGUUAAUGGUCUUAGUUUUCUUAGUCGCUGUGCAAUUUAGCCACGCGUUGUUUGAGUACACACUAGCCAAAUCGUUUCUGGAAUUUAAAUACUGCAAAAGGGCUAGUUACUUUGGAUGUUCAACGAAACAAGAAGAGAUUGAGAUUAUGAAGCGUUUCAUGAAUGACGAUAUACGAAUUUCCAUGUUUUCUGUCAGCAAUAUGACCUUUGCGAAUGUUCUGUCGCAACAAGACUAUCUAAUAGGAGUAAUCCUUGACGGUGAUUGCCCAAAUAUUGAACCAUUUCUAGCUGAGAGCGCAAAUUUGAAAUUUAUCUUUGACAUAUACCACUGGUUAAUUUUCUCCUCCAACUACGAGAUGAUCAACACUUUUGAGAAUGUCAACUUGUUCAUAAACGCUGAUGUUAGCGUUGUGGUACCUAAUAACACUGGAAAAUUGUUAAACUGGACGAUAAUGGACGUUUACAAUCCAGCUAGGUCAAGAGGGGGCGAUCUAAAAGUGACUAACGCCGGUUUUUACAAUGAAGAGGAUGGUCUCAACAUCCAGUUGGUGUGGAAUAGAUAUUAUCAACGUCAGAAUAUGACCGGAACUGUCUUCAAGGCGGGAAUGGUGAUACCAUACCAUACCACAAUGUCAUUGGACGAUUAUCUCAGAAAUCAUUCAGACAGAAAUAAUAACACGUUUAGUCGAUUUAAUGUAGUUGCAGUGCAGCUUUGUCAAGAUUUUUACAACUUUUCGACGAUUAGAACAUGUAGCAAUUCUUGGGGUUUUAUACAAGAUGAUGGUGUCUUGGAUGGUUUAGCUGGAGCCUUGGCGAAUGACGAAGUGGAUUUUGGACUGUCUGCGCUUUUAUACAAAUCAUUUAGGUUAACAGUUAUAGAUUAUGGUUAUGGUAACUGGGUGAUGAGGUCAACGUUUUUCUUCCGUCAUCCUAAAUCUACGUCAAGUUCGCACGAGUUGUAUUUACAACCGUUGCAAGGUUCAGUUUGGAUCUCAACUUUCAUUGUGGUAGUACUAAUGAUCGUUCUAUCAAGAAUUGUGGUUAGACACGAAAUUACAGUGUACCAUCAAGACUGUGAGAAAUCCUCUCUUGGAGAAAAUAGUUGGAGCUUUGCUGUUGUUUACAAUAUUGGAGAACUAUGCCAGCAAGGUUUUUCUUACAUACCGUUUCUCAUAAGUGGACGCAUAUUAGUUCUGAGCGUUUUGAUGUUUUUCUUUUUAAUUUUCCAAUUUUACUCGGCCAGCGUUGUCUCGUUUUUACUGCUACCUCCAAAAAGAACGAUCACAUCUGUUGCGGAUUUAGUGAAGAGUUCACUAGAAGUGGGUAUGGAUAGUGUGCUGUAUGACGUCGAUUACAUGAAAACUACAACAGACCCGGUCGCAAUAGCUCUGUACAACAAAAAAAUAAAACAACCGAACAACCAAUUGAACUUUUUAAAACCACGUGAGGGAUUAGCAAAGGUUAGAGCCGGAGGGUAUGCCUUUCAUACACAAACAAGCACCGCCUAUUCAAUUAUAGAAGCAACAUUCGAGGAAAAAGCUGUUUGCGAACUCGUGGAGGCACCACUAUACCAACCGAUUUAUUCGCAUAUGGCACUUUCAAAAAAAUCUCCGCUUCGGGAAAUGUUUCUCUACUGCAAUCUUCAACAACUGGAAGUUGGAAUAAUGCACCGAUUGAGAUUGCAUUGGAAUUCGCGUAAACCUCAGUGCUUUGACUGCAGUCGAUAUUUGGAGAUAGAAGUGGAAUUAAGUGAAUCUUCUUGGGCUUUAGCUUUGUUAGGUGUUGGGGUUGGCGGAAGUUUAUGUUUGUUGAUACUCGAACAUGUGUGGAAAAGGUGGGGAGGAGGUAUUUUGGACAGAAUAAGUUGGACACGUUACUUCGCUGAAAAAGCAGAUUUUAUUCUAAAGAAUGAAAUACCACAUAUAGCCCACACGCCAAAAUAA